AUGUUUUACAAUUGGUAUGGAUGUAUCCAUGAAUUUGCUGGUAGGAAGAGUAAGAUGGUAAUGAAUGUCAAUGGUGAAGUAAUUCAACAAACAUUUCUCUGCCAUAGGGAAAGCGCUAGAGAUGACAAGUACAACAAUUAUUCAGUUAAAAAGCGUGAACAUAAACCAACUAGCAGGUGUGACUGUUUGGCAAAAGUGCAAGUACAUGUUGACUUCAACAUUGAGCGUUGGUAUAUUAAAUUUUUUGAUGGUGUUUAUAACCAUACAUUUGCCGAUGAUAAGUAUGAGCAGAUGCUUCCUGCACACAGAAAGAUGAGCGAAUACGACAAAUACCAAAUUAAGACCAUGAGAAAAUCGGGCAUUCCAACCUUUCGGAUUGGUGGAUUUUUUGAAAACCAGACAGAAGGAUAUGGAAAGCUUGGUUACUCUAGGAGAGACAUGUACAACAAACUGUUUAAAAAAAAGGGUUCAAAGUAG